CGACCAUCAUGUGUAAAAAUAUGUCAAAAGAUAUUUUAAAAUUUGAAAAAAAAACUAAGUUUUGUCCGGUCGGUCUUUCUUCGGUAAUUUUUUAUGCAUCUUGAUUAUAAUGAUAUAAUUAUAAAUUAACGCCACCUUCGUACUUGGAAUACAUAAAGUUAAUUAAGCCCUUUGUAAUAACACAAAUCACAUGAAAUCGAAAUAUCAAGAUAAUAAUAUGGAAUCCACAGUCUCAGUUUCUAAGGGUGUCUUUUUGUUCUCAAAUGGCUUUAAGAGAGCAAAACAUUUGAAAAAGAAAUCAAAGCAACCACUUUUUGAUUCAUUAUUUAAUAAGGAACCAUGGUAUGUUACAUAUAAAUACAACUGGAAUGCAAUUGAAAUACAAUUAAAGGAGCUUCACGAGAAAACAUACAGUGUUCUAUUAAAUGACAUAGUAAGUUAUGUCAAGUCAUUUGAUCAAGAUCAUCAGUAUGAUUCAAUAGAAGGGAUCAUACCAAGCGCAACACUAUUAACCGGAGUCAAUCAGCCUGAUCAUGCAAAUCAAUUUCUUGCUUUAAUACAUAAAAUCAGAGAGGAUGUUACACCACAUGUGGCUAUGAUAAGUUCACAAGAUGCUUCAACAGUUAAACAUCUUGUGGAAAGUGCUGUCUCACAGUUGAUACAUGGUCAGGAUUAUUUGGACGAUUCAGCUGAUGAUAGUAUGACAGAACAAACAAUCAGAUUAAAGAAAAGUCAAUGCACCAUGAGAGCCCUACAUAAUUGGUAUCAGUCUAAAUAUGUCAGUACAUCACCAAAGAAGUUGAAGCAUGCAGCACCAAAGAAAACAUUAGUAGUAAUAAUGCCAGACUUUGAGAGUUUUAGUUGUAAUAUAUUACAAGACUUUGUAAUGAUUGUAAGUUCCUAUAUCACUUCCCUACCGAUAGUACUAAUAUUUGGAGUUGCAACAUCAGUGUCGGCGCUACACAAGUCCUUCCCGUACCAUGUCUCGUCGAAACUGCUGAUCAAAGUGUUUCACUCACAUCCGUCACACGUGUAUAUGAACCAAGUAUUAGAGAAUAUAUUUCUUACUCAUACAAGCCCAUUCCAUUUGUGCGGCAGAGCUUUUGAACUGUUAACGGAUGUGUUUCUAUUCUACGAUUUCUCUGUUACAGGUCUUGUUCAGAGUAUCAAGUAUUGUAUGAUGGAACACUAUUACGGUGACAAUAUUAAAGCACUGUGCUGUAGUCCGGACAAAAUUGAGGAGACCAUAUCUAAACUAACGUCAGUUGACUUAGAACAUAUAAGGCAACUGUUAUCGUUUAGGCCAUUUUUAGAGAUACAAGAAUGCGAAACGAAAAUCGGUCUGUUCGAAGACGAUAACUUUUUCAGAGAAGUUUUGUGCAAGGAAAUGCAUAAACUACACGACUAUUUGUAUAGCUUCUAUUUAUGCGUACGAUUGCUUUCGGCACUUGUUAAGGAUUUACCCAAAAAUCUACUCGGUAAAACUGUAAGAGAAAUAUAUGCCAAAUGCUCGAUAGAACACGUAACAAAUACUCAACCAUUUAAGGAAUGCAUGCAGUUAUUAAACUUUCAAUCGCAAGUCAAAAUGGCGGACAGUAUAAAGAAUGCUCUAAAAGAAAUAAACUCGGUACUACAAAUAGUAUCGCCAGUGAAGCCUUUACGUUCUACACCAUCAAAAACUAAUAUGAACAGUAUAGCUGUAAACAAUGAUCUCGGCCAAGAUUUCGCCAAAUCAAUCAGCAUACAUUUUCUAACUUUCUUGAGGCAGAUAGAAAACGCCCAUAACGAAGCUCCUGUAUUAGCUUAUGCAAAUCAUGAGCGUGAAAAUGAUUUAGAAACUGAUAUUAUACCUGGCAAUAGGUAUAAACUGAAGGAGAAAUUACUAAAGGCGACGAGGGUAGAAAAAAUCCAAUCGGAAUUUGAGAUGGUGCGAUCCAGAUUUGUGAGUUACCUGGAGGAGAUGUUCGCCAAGGGUCUGCGGCCGCCUCGCACGCAGACCUUCCACGAGAUCCUGUUCUUUAGCGACUUGUCCAGCGUCAAGAAGCAAAUUGUUGGCUCCCCGCGCGGCGCUUUGCACCUGGCUUUGAAUAACCCUGUGCACUAUUUACAGUGCUCGUGCUGCCAUCUACCGUCGCCGGAGAGCAUAUCGGAGUGGUUGCCCGACGUGAGCAUCGCGUACAAGUUGCACCGCGAGUGCGGGAAGCACAUCAACCUAUACGACUGGCUGCAGGCCUUCGCCGCAGUCUUGCGCCCUGAUGAAGAGGACGACGAACGUUACCAAGAUGCCGGCAUUCAGGUACGAUUCACACGGGCGGUGGCAGAGCUUCAGUUCCUAGGUUUUAUCAAAUCGUCGAAAAGGAAGACUGAUCAUGUAAUGCGUCUUACAUGGUGAUAAUUUUGGUAAUCUAUCACGUUGUCUGGUUUUUUAAUGUCUAAGGAAAUAAGUAUUGUAAUAAAGUGUUUUAUUUAUAACUUC